AUGGCUGCUACUGUUAAUGUGAAUUUACCAAUCAUAGUUACCUUUCUAUUGCUAUAUUCUUUGAAACGAGGAUCGAUACUCAUCUGCUUCUGGACUUUGCUACGCUCCUUCUUCUGCUUCGUCUUUUUCAUAUGGAGUAGUAUGGAUGUGUUUCUACCAUUCUGUUCGUCGGGCAAAGGAGCCACCUUACGUCAGAAGCCAAUAACACAAGACGAUGAUUACUGCACCAAUGUUUAUUACUUGUUGUAUCUGUCAUACACCAGCAUGAUUGUCAUCGAAGCUAUGCUUUUCUUGUACAGUAUAACAUUAGCAAUUGGAAUUUACACUGGAAAUAUUGCCCACAUAACACAUUACCUUGUCUGUCGGUUUAUCACUUGGUGUUUAGAAGUAAUUCUGUUGACAUUAAUUACAAUUGUUCAAGAUGAGUCAAAAGGAUGGUACAUGAUUUUUCUUAUGCUCAUCAUAUUGGAGCUCUAUGGAUUUGUAGUGGUGUACAGUUUCUUAAACGAACUAUGUGAAUUAAUAGCGAGGAGAAAACACUGUUGCCAGGGCGGAACAUAA